AUGUCCGACUCUCAGCAAAAAGGCAGAAUCUACAAGUCACGCAAAUCCAGGCCAUGCGAUGCCUGCCGACGCCGAAAGGUGACCUGUGAUAUGCCCAAUGGCCCACCAUGCAAGCGAUGUGUACACAUGAACAAAGCAUGCACAUUCGAAGAGCCACCAAGCCAGCGAAAAAGACGCACCGUACCGAAACUGGACGAUAUCGACUCAUCAAUCCUUUCUUUACUCCAUGGUACCGAGAAUGAUAUUUGGCGCGGAUUCGCAGCCAAUGCUAUGUCGCCAUUGCAAUUGUACAACGAUGGGAUGUUCCUUGGUUCUCCCGGUUCAAGGAGCGACGACAACGUGUCGCCAAGGGGUUUGCAAAUGCCAUAUUUAGGAGAAGGUUUUGCGCAUCUACCGGGUCCGUCGGAUUUCAAGAAUAAUCAGUCCCCUCCAGAUGCAAGUCAAAGAAUGUCUCCCGCACAUCGGACUCCUACAAAUGGGCCAGCCUACGAUACUUCCUUUGGUCGAUCACAUCAUAACCGUGAGACCUCGUUGGAAUUCGUUCCGGAUGCAUUCACAUUUUAUAUCGGUCCCACUGGCGUGUCUGAUGUCCAUUUACUCGACUCACAACCGUACGAUGAUAAGAACGUGUCCAGACUCAAUGUCAAAGGUUUGAGAUACCGACUCUUGAACCCCAGUUCGCGGGGUGAAAGAGAUACAUCUACAAUAUUCGGCAUUACAGACAGAUCAUUAUUAGAUAAAGCUGAGCCCAAAGUGGACUAUCAGACAACCGAGUCGGCUUGGUCGGAUUUAUGGCAAGCCCUCGACCCGACCGCAGCUUGGCACUUGAUCGCCCUGUAUAGUCGCUUUGUUGACCCCUACUUUCCUAUUGUCUCCCAGGAACAGAUACCUGAUAAUCCGGAUACUCUCAGCAAUAUGCCAUUGGGCUUGUUGACAGCAAUGUGCGCAACCGCGCUUCCAUUCAUCAUGUACGACGAAGCAUUAUACACUCUCUUGCUACGGCCACCUUCGAUUCAAGAACUCUAUCGACUUGCCUGGCUUGGUGUCACAUCAGAACUACACGCACCGACAUUGACCACAUUGCAAGCUUGCCUUAUUCUUUUGCAACGACUUCCAACAAACUUAUACCUUUCAGAUACUGCAUUUACAUGGUCACUUAUGUCAAUCGCAGUUUCAAUAGCUCAAACAAUCGGAUUGCACAGAGAUCCGUCUGCAUGGCUUUCAGUACCAUCAUGGGAAAGACAACUCCGCCGACGGCUGUGGUGGGCACUGUGGACAAUGGAAAAAUGGAUUGCUCUGGCGCGUGGCAUGCCCAGCCACCUGCACGAAGAUGACUCGGAUGUUGCUAUGAUGACUAUGGACGAUAUCAACGACACACUUUCGGAACCAUGCGAGAACCACGCCCAUCUCCCUCACUUGGUGAGCUUGACUGGUAUACUAUCUGAUAUUUGCCGUACUUACUACACUGUACGCAGCAGUAGUGUCACAUCCAGCGAUUUGCAGCAUUCUCUCGAUGCAGCCAGACCACUUCGAGCACGCUUAAAAGCAUGGCACGAUAAUCUGCCCGAUACGCUAAUAUUUCGAGACGGCCGAGGUCCCAAAGACUCAGCAGGAUAUAGAGACAAACCGGAAUCACAUCAUACGUAUUACCAGCAGCGAGAACAUCUAGAUGGCAAUGGGAGUCUACAUCUUUCGUAUAUCGUUGCUCACAUGACUCUUUUCCGAGCAUUGUUGAGACCCUUGAAUAAGUGGCCGUCUAUUCUUGCUCGGUCUCCACCUGAUCAGGCAAAUGCGAUCAACGAAGGGGCACGAGCGGUUGUUCGAGGGGCGUUGCUUUGUGUGAAGGAGUUUGUUGAAUUCAUGGAAGCCUUGACAGAGACACAAUGGAAUGCAUUCUGGCACAGUUGGAGCCGACCGAACUUUGCGAUAGCCGGCUCGUUUAUGGUACAUGUUCUACAUACUACUGCACCCCACGAUGCUACAAGACACCAAGAAACGGACGCAGCUGGGCUGCCUACCAGUUACAUCACCUUUGAAGAGGAGUACGAAGAUCUCAAAAUGUGGAUUCGUCGAUGGCGAUGGGCGAAUCGCGUCUCUGUAAAUGGUGCUGCUGGCGUUAAGGGUCUCACUAAUCUUGGUCUCAUGAAAGCCGAGACGUUGAUGGAGAAGAUGGAGUCGAGCCAUUUUACUACAAACUCACAGAGUGGAAAGUCUACUUAG